CUACAGAGAAGAUAUAUCAUUCAAAGCUAGCUCUUGAGCUUUCUUUAAUUGUAUGAUCAUCCAUGGCUUUUAAUGUCUCUGAUGAAGUUCUCAGCGUCUAUGUGCCGGUGAUGGUUUACUGGACUGUCGCAGCCAUAUAUACAUUUAUAGGUACAUACUUAGAAGACUACCGUUUGCAUCCAGUUGGUGCAGAAGAAAAGCAGAACGUUGCUACCAAAGCCCAAGUUAUCAGAGGUGUUCUUUACCAGCAAAUUGGUCAGAUAGUCAUGCAAACCAUAGUCACCAAGAUGGUGAUGGGUGAUGGUGGUGGAGAGACAAAGCAACCACCAUUCCUAAUAUGUUUAUGCCAGUUCUUCAUAGCCAUGGUGGUUCUUGAUCUAUGGCAGUACUUGGGACAUAUAUACUUACACGUAAACAAGUUCAUGUAUAAGCACAUACAUUCAUGGCAUCAUGCAUUGGUUGUGCCAUAUGCAUGGGGUGCUUUCUACAACCAUCCCUUGGAGGGAUUCAUUUUGGAUACUAUUGGUGGUGGUUUGGCCUUCUUGAUCUCCGGCAUGACGCCAAGGACAAGCAUAUUCUUCUAUUCUUUUGCAAGUAUUAAGUCUAUAGACAUGCAUUCAUCUCUUUAUUUGCCAUGGAAUCCUCUUCGGUUGUGUUUUAGGAAUAACGUGGCUUACCAUGAUAUACACCACCGUCUCAAAGGAAGCAAGUAUAACUAUGCGCAGCCUUUCUUUAUGUCAUGGGACUUGGUCUUUGGGACUUACAUGCCUUUCAGUGUGGAGAAGAGGGAGGGUGGAGGCUUUGAGGCUAGGCCACUUAAGGAUAUGUGAUUCACUACUGAUCAUAAACUGUUUUCUUAAUUAUAAGAGUUUAUAUAGUAUACUAAGUAAUUAAUAAGUUUGAUCAGAUAUAUUUAAUUUUUUGCUAUUAUUCAUUUUGGAAGCACAUAUAUGUGGUUUGAUCUCAUCCACAUGUUUGUAUUAAUGAAUGAUUAAUCCUCUCUACAUGUUUUUUUUCUUCUUAUAAUAAUUAAGUUUAUGUGUUCUUCUUGUAACUUCGAGUACUAGCUCUCAUGAUUUUCUUUU